GCUGAUAUCUGACAGACCAUAAAUCGAAUUGCUUUGACUGCAAAAAGGGAACGGGACUGUUCGAAGGGGAAGUAUAUGAAGAAAACUCCUUCACUUCUUUUCAAAAACAGCAGACCAUCCCUUCUCAAGAAAUUAAAAAGAAAAAAAAGAUCAAAGAGGUGAACAGGAAAUUACAUAUGUUAGACUGUGAUCUGCAGAUGCAGGUCCACCACAACCACCACAUGACGUGGAUUUCCGCUUUGACACAUUUUGCUUCUGGCUGCACAGCAGGGCAGGGGCCACACAAUCACUGAAGAGCUGCUGCAGCAGGACAUGAUGGUGCUUUGAGGACUACUCUACCAUGCAGUCCACCAUGAAUUUCAAUGGACUUCCGCGCCAAGGCAGCCAAGAGAGCUACAUUCUGGAUAAUACUCUGAGGAGGAAAUGUUCCCUGUGGUACCGACGUUCACGGACGGGAAACGAUGAUCGACACCGGCACAACACAGGCUCUCUGCCCAGAGUUUGCAAGCCGAAACUAACCCACUCCAACUCACUGGUUGAUUACGCUGACCCACAAAGGACCACAAUUAUUCUGGAAAAACAAGACAAUGAAACGUUUGGUUUUGAAAUUCAGACCUACGGCCUGCAGCUAAAGGACAGUUCUGCCGUGGAGAUGUGCACGUUUGUACGCAAAGUGCAGGAGGACAGCACUGCUGAGUGUUCUGGCCUGACCGCAGGAGAUAUUAUUGUCACUAUCAACGGGGUCAGCAUUGAAGGAUCAUCUCAUCAGCACAUACUUGAUCUGAUAAGAGAAUCAACCAACAGUCUAAAGAUGGAAACUGUGUGUGGAAAUGUAAUGAAGCAGAUAGAGCUGGAGAAGAGGAUGAACCUGCUUAAGCAAUCAUUACGUGAGAAAUUGAUGGAGCUGCAAGCACUUACAUUACAGGAAAAACGCCUAACGCGAGAUAACUUGAACAACAGCAGCCUCCACCUCUCGACGAUUCUGAGCUCCUCCACAGGCCGCUGUGGCCGGCGUUUUUCUAGUGACAGUAGCUACAGGAGCGUGAUGACAGAUGACAGUGAUCAGGCCAGUGUGUUCGAGGAUCUGUGCUCUCCCAGCCCCUGCAGUACAGCAAGCACCGCAGAUGACGGCUGCUUCUUCUCCAGAGAUUUUCCCUCACAGGACAGCUCCUGCAGGUUUUCCUUAAAGUCCAGCCGUCAACACCAAUCCCUCUGUCGCUCCAGCAGCUCCAGUUUGGCCAGCAGCAGCUCCCUUUCGCCUUCCUGGGAGGAAACAAGGAUCUCCUCCUUGUUUGGUACCCUGCCCCGUAAAGGCAGGAGAGCCAGUGUUCGCAAACACAUCCUGAAGUUAAUUCCUGGACUCCAGCGAUCAGUCGAAGAGGAGGAGAUGGGAACAAAUACUCAGUGACUUACAUGCUCCUUGUGUCUACUUGAUACUAAGGGUUUACAAGGUUUCUCUUGCUCUUGUUGCAGAAAGAAAUAGACACUGUAAUGAAAUGUUUCCACACACUUAAGGUUGGGUUAACCCUUACACAAAUAAUCAGUUUUUGCCUUCAUGGGAACUCAGAGACGACUUACAUUUUGACACUUGGCAUUUGUCAAUGUUAAAGUUUACCUAAGAGGGUCGUAAGCCUUAAAGGUGAGCCUGGCUCACUGCUCGGCUCAGACUUGUGGUGGCAAAAAAGCAUUAUGAAAAUAUUCUUCCUUUGUUUGAAUGUAUGCAGACAAGAUUGUAAUGUAUAUAGUUGAGAUAAUGUAUCCUACUAGCUUGAAUAAAAAACUGCAUUAAUCAGAA